GUUGCCGUUGGUGGGCGGUUCCGGGAGCGCUGAUGUUUACAUGAAGUCACAGAGAAACUUCAUGGGAGUCGAACAUGUCUGCCUCCAUAGCCAGAGCUACUGUAAAGGCGGUAAGCAGGCGGAAGAUUUUACCGAUCAGAACCGCCUUGACGCUGACACCUUCAGCUGUAAACAGAGUCCGGCUGCUGUUACAGAACAAGCCUGAAUAUAUUGGGCUUAAAGUUGGUGUCAGGACCAGAGGAUGCAAUGGCCUCACUUACACACUCAACUAUACGAAAGAGAAGGAAAAAUCUGACGAAGAAGUCGUACAGGAUGGUGUGAGAAUUUUCAUCGAGAAGAAGGCUCAGCUGACUCUGCUCGGCACGGAGAUGGAUUUCGUGGAGACGAAAUUCUCCAGCGAGUUUGUGUUCAACAACCCCAACAUCAAGGGAACGUGUGGCUGCGGAGAGAGCUUCAACAUUUAGCCGUGUAUACGCUCGAGUACACGUCACACACUCCAGUUUCCGAGAUCCGAGGCCGAGAUCCGCCUUGUGGAAUUAAAGACUGAAGCAUAAAAAACCUGAUGUGUUGGAGACUCCCUACCCUGCAAACCCACUGAAUCUGAUCCUCACCACCACUGUUAUAGCGAGUAGCAUUCAACUCGGUUUGUGCGUUCUGAAAAUGAUGUAAGAGAGGAAUGAUGUGUUUUAUUUAUUUUACACACACGUCUGUGAACGCGUGUCAUUCACGUGUAGAUUUCUUUGGUUCUCCAUAAUUGCCUGAAGAUAUGCCUGUAUGCUCAUGUGUCCUUACUGUAAAAUAGAGCGUGUGUGUGUGCGUGCGUGUGUGUGUGUGUGUGUGCGCGUGCGUGUGUGUGUGUGUGUUUGCGAGACCGAGAAAACUCUUCCACUGAACUUCAUGUCAUGUUUUUUUGCAUUUGUUUAGGUCAGUGUAUCCAGUCAGUUUAUUUCAUUGAACAAUGAUGCUAUAAACAAAAAACGUCAAGCUUUGUGAUGCUUAUAACCGCUUAUGGAUGCAGCAUAACAUCUGUAACGUCCUUGCACCGAGGAGGACGUGUACAUUUAUUAGAAUCUGAUGUGAGAAAUCAGUGGUAGGGCUUUGAAUUAUAAAGUAUAAGACUUGGGGUAAUUAUGCAUUUUAAAAAGUAUGAAAUGUGUGUGUGUGUGUGAGCGACUGUGUCGGGGGUGGGGGUCAAACAAAAUAAACCUGUCUAUUAACGCACAAUAAAGCUUACGUACAAUACCGAAAAA